AUGAGAUAAUUUUUGGAAAAUGAGGUAAAAAUAAGUCAAGCUGCUCUUUCAAUAUUCUUUAGAUCAGUAAUCCUUCUGCUAAUUUAGUUCCCCUUCAACUUGAGGUAAUUGUCCUACAAAUUAUGCUUUGAUUGAAUGAAAAUAAAGCAGUUGACAAUCUAAUAAAUAUUGAUAGAGGGCAGAGAGAUAAGAAUGUUUAUGAAAACAAAAAGUGUUUAAAAUAAUUGUAAAAAAAGAAUGUUAAGAGAGGAUUUUACACUUGAUAGCUUGUAUAUUAUUAAAUAUAUAAAUAUAUAUACUCAUAUAUUUAGUCUUGAUUUGUUAUUUAAUCGUCAAAUAAAUAGAAACUUAGAUAUCCACUUAUUAUCUUAGUAAAGUUAAUGCUUCAAAAUAGUAAUGUGCAUUUACGAUAGGCUAAAAUGCUUGUAGAUAUUCUGAUUGCUUUGAUAUAUCUUCUCCUACAUUAUAAAUUUGAUGUGAUUUAGGAGCUCCUAGGAAGACAUGUACAUAUAUUUAAGGAACAUUCUACAAUACAACGGAUGGGUGUGAUAAAGUUCCAGAUAAUAAAGCAUAUUUUGAUUUAUUAACAUCCAAUAGCAUUAAUUGUUCCUAUAUUGCAGGGGAAUUUUGUACUCCAAAUUAUCAUUGAUGAUGAUGUUACAAAUGUUAAUGAUAAAAAAGUUACAUGCAAUUCUUUAGUAAAUAAAACUGAUGGAAAAUGA